CUUUCUUUCCCCCUCACCGUAUCUUGAAUCCAACAUGGCGCUGGUCGCCGCUACCCUCCUCCUCGCGCUGAGCGCGCACGCCCUCCCCGUCGACACGCGCGACACGACAUGCGCCAACGGCGCCUGGCAGUGUGUCGGGUCGAGCCUCCAGAUCUGUAACUGGGGCUCGUGGGUCACCAUGGCCGAGUGUACCGCCCCCGGCACCGUGUGCUCCGCGUCCUCGCCCCUCAUCGGUGACCACAACUACCUCUACUGCUUCUGCUACCACCACUGCUACCACCACUGCUACCACUAUUGCCCAUUCGUCCUCUUCGUCUACAACCACGGCGCGCUCGUCCGGCACGACCGCCCCCACCACUGUACACUCCUCGUCGACUACUACUACGGCUGCGUCGUCCAGCCCGACGAGCCCUGCUCACUCCUCAUCCUCCGCCCUGGCCUCUGCCUCGUCGGCGUCCACCUCUCCGUCCACCACGCCGUCCACCUCGCCAUCCAAGUCGGUGACCUCGACGUCGACGGCCUCGCGCUCGACGACGACUGUGGCCGCCUCCUCGAGCAGCGCGACAGCGGCCUCCUCCACCGCCGUCUCGAGUUCGAGCUCGGCUCACUCGGCUUCGAGCUCCUCCCUUUCCUCAUCGGCGAGCUCCGGGGCCGCAUCGUCCUCGAGCCACCCAGCCUCCACCUCCUCGAGCCACGCCGCGUCGUCCAGCUCGAGCACGGCUUCGCCCUCUGCCCCUUCUUCGACAUCGGCUUCUGCCUCUGGCACGACGGCGAGUGCCUCCAUCUCGUUGACCACGACCGCAAGUCCUACGACGAGCGUGACCACCACGGCCUCGAGCGCGAUCAGCAGCUCCAGCUGCGUCGUGCAGUCCUCGUUAAGCUCGAGCAGCAGCGCCACUUCGACGUCCUUGUCCAGCGAGGUCUCGAGCACUACGACUACCUCGGCUGGUGCGACGACCACGACUACCGCCACCACCACCACCAGCUCUUCCACGACUACCACGAGCACCUCCACGGCCCCGUCGUCCACCGUGGCCUCGAGCACCAGUACCGCCUCCUCGGCGCCUUCCGCCUCGUCAACUCCUUCCAACCCUCCUAA